AUGGGGUUAGUAAUACGCAGAUUUCACCUUCUUAUUCCAAUAAACGAUGACAACCGACCACAAGGUGUCCCUAGCAGGGUGAAAUCCUUUUCCGCCUCACCUGUUAUCCUCUUCGGCUUCACCUGUUAUCCUCUUCCGCCUAACUUGCUAUCAUCUUCCGCUUCAUCUGUUAUCCUCUUCCGCUUCACUUGCUAUCCUCUUCCGACUCACCUGCUAUUCUCUUCCGCCUCACUUGCUGUCCUCUUCCGCAUCACCUGUUAUCCUCUUCCGCCUCACUUGCUAUCAUCUUCCGCUUCAUCUGUUAUCCUCUUCCGCCUCACCUGUUAUCCUCUUCCGCCUCACCUGUUAUCCUCUUCCGCCUCACUUGCUGUCCUCUUCCGCAUCACCUGUUAUCCUCUUCCGCCUCACUUGCUGUCCUCUUCCGCCUUACCUGUUAUCCUCUUCCGCCUCACCUGUUAUCCUCUUCCGCCUCACUUGCUUUCCUCUUCCGCCUCACCUGUUAUCCUCUUCCGCCUUACUUCCUGUCCUUUUCCGCCUCACCUGUUAUCCUCUUCCGCCUCACCUGUUAUCCUCUUCCGCCUCACCUGUUAUCCUCUUCCGCCUCACCUGUUAUCCUCUUCCGCCUCACUUGCUUUCCUCUUCCGCCUCACCUGUUAUCCUCUUCCGCCUUACUUCCUGUCCUUUUCCGCCUCACCUGUUAUCCUCUUCCGCCUCACCUGUUAUCCUCUUCCGCCUCACCUGUUAUCCUCUUCCGCCUCACCUGUUAUCCUCUUCCGCCUCACUUGCUGUCCUCUUCCGCCUCACCUUUCAUCCUUUUCCGCCUCACAUUUUUCUAUCUUCAUUUAUCACACAAAAAAUAUUCCCUCUUUUUCCUUUUUUUCUCUCGAUCGUUUUCUUAUUUCUUUAUCGUUUAUCUCUUUUUCUUUUGGCUUGAUUUCUUCUUGUUUUUCAUUCUUCUCUUCCUCCAUUCCGCCUUAG